CUUCUACGAGCUGCCUACCUUCUCGAGGAGGAAUAACGCUCUGCUAUCUUUGCAGAGAGCUUCUUUCUUUUCUUUUCUUUUUUUUUAAGGGGAGGAGGAAACAGCUGUGGGAGGCGACGUUAACCAACGCAUCGUUAAAUGCCCUUGUAUGGGAGGGUGGAACCGAUUUUGCAAAGCGAGGCUGAAAGGAGAGCGUGCAGGGGGCAACGACGCUAUGGAGCCCGGCCCAGGCUACGGGGCAAGCAGUGGUCCGCCGUGCCGCCUUUGAUGCCGCCCUUCGCGGGGAUCUAGUGGGGAGAGCAAGUGUCAUGCUAGAGCCCCGCGAAGGGUCUGGGCCCCCGCAGCAGGUGUCCCUCCAAGAGGGCUUCCGCGAUCCCGAGCGGCACCAGCGCUGGGCCAGCCUUUUCGAGCAGCUAGACACCAACAAGGAUGGGCGAGUGGACAUCAACGAGCUUCGGGAGGGCCUGGCGCGAAUGGGCAUGGAGGCCGGCCCCCAAGCCGAGCAGGAUAUCUUACGGGAAGGUGACACAGAUCAUGAUGGAGAACUCAACUUUGAGGAAUUUGCUCAGUACCUUCAGGAGCGGGAACGGAAGUUGUUGCUGAUGUUUCACAGCCUGGAUCGCAACAAUGAUGGCCAGAUCGAUGUCUCUGAGAUCCAGCAAACUUUCCAGUGCCUGGGAGUUUACAUCUCUCUCCAACAAGCAGAGAAAAUCUUGCACAGCAUCGACAAAGAUGGCACUAUGACCAUUGACUGGAAUGAGUGGCGAGACCACUUCAUCCUCAAUCCAUUAGAGAACAUGGAAGAGAUAGUGCACUAUUGGAAGCACUCAAUGGUCCUUGACAUUGGGGAGUGCCUCACUGUUCCUGAUGAGUUUUCUGAGAAAGAGAAGAAAACUGGGAUGUGGUGGAAACAACUCAUAGCUGGAGCUAUGGCUGGUGCUGUCUCUAGGACUGGAACUGCACCGUUGGAUCGAUUGAAAGUUUUCAUGCAGGUCCAUGCAUCAAAGAACAACAGCAUGAAUGUGCUUGGUGGACUGAAAGGCAUGAUUUACGAGGGAGGCAUGAGCUCGCUGUGGCGGGGCAAUGGCGUCAACGUUCUCAAGAUUGCACCUGAAUCUGCCAUCAAGUUCAUGGCUUAUGAGCAGAUAAAACGAGCAAUUCGUGGGCCACAGGAAACUUUAAGGGUACAGGAGAGAUUUGUUGCUGGCUCACUGGCUGGGGCUACAGCACAGACAAUAAUCUACCCCAUGGAGGUCAUGAAGACACGAUUGGCCCUCGGCAAGACAGGCCAGUACUCAGGAGUGGCAGACUGUGCCAGGCAGAUCCUACAGAAGGAAGGAAUCCCUGCCUUUUACAAGGGCUACCUACCAAAUAUGUUGGGCAUUAUCCCCUAUGCUGGUAUCGACCUGGCUGUUUAUGAGACACUAAAGAACACCUGGUUACAGAAGUACAGCAAGAACACCGCUGACCCAGGAGUUUUGGUCCUCUUGGCCUGUGGCACCGUCUCCAGUACCUGUGGCCAAAUUGCCAGCUAUCCCCUAGCCCUGGUGCGAACCCGGAUGCAGGCACAAGCAUCAAUUGAAGGUGCGCCACAGCUAACCAUGCUGGGUCUCUUUAGAAAUAUCCUUUCCCGGGAAGGGGUCCUGGGUCUCUACCGUGGCAUCGCCCCCAAUUUCAUGAAGGUUAUUCCUGCUGUCAGCAUCAGCUAUGUCGUGUAUGAGAACAUGAAGCAGGCUCUGGGAGUAACAUCUAGAUGAAGGAGGACCAUGUGUCGCCAAAGGGCAGGGGACCUAGCUCACAAGAAAGGUGUUGGAAGGGCAGCAAAGGUGGGGAUAUCCUACUGUAAUUGCUGUGAAAUGGAGAGCUAAGAGGGUGUUUGGAAUGAUUGGAUCCAGGCCACCUUGGUCAAAAGUACAAACUUCUCCAUGAACAAGAGCCAACUUACUAACAACCAAGUUUAUCCUGCAAAGGCUUUGGUUGGGGGUGGGAGGGAAAGUGACCUCUUGGAGGUAGUUUUUUUUUCUUGCCCACAUUCUGGAAUUUGCAGAGAUGGUCUCAUCAAACAGACAUGUUUCUGAGCCACCUGCUGCUCCUGAAUUUGCAUCUUGUCCCCAACAACUGAACAUGAGAACCAUGACAUAUUAAUAGCCAUGUCAUAAUCUAGCGGAAAAGGAGCUAAGCAAUGAUUGCUCUGGACGUGUUGCCAGAUUUCAAUUCAUUGAUGACACUAGAAUAUCUGUGAUUAUUCCCUGGAGUCCACCAAUUUCUUCUGCAGAUAUUGAGAAACAGGAAUAUAUGAAUUUUUGAGGACUUUGGCCAAUAGAUUCCACUCUUCAUUUAGCAUUUCUAUUUGCAAUGAUGAAUUCCUUUUGACUCUUCCCUCUUCCAUUCCUCCUAGAAACUAUAGGGGUGUUGAAGCCCCUGGUAUUUGCAUUUUAGCCCAGAUCCACUUUACUUGUCUCUGUAUUAUGGAAACUGUAUAUUUUGCACAUUGACUGUUUUUAACUUAUAAGACUAGAUUGCUGUCUCUACCUGGGCCUCUAUGGCUGAACUGAAGCCUCUCCCAUUUUAUCCCCAUUCCUUUCCUUCUACUCUGAGGGAGCAGAGAAUGUUGGAAUACAUUACAAGGGCUACUAUUUUGUGGUAACCAUCGAAGCACUUUGCUGAGAUCCCCUAAUAUGGUGUGUACAUAUUUCUACUCAUUUUGAGAUAUUUGCACUAGCUAUACUAGCUUCAUUGUUGCCAUAAUUAAGGUCCUUGAAGCCAUGCAUUCAGGAUUUCUUUCAACUCUGCUUUGUAUUGCUCUCCUCUUUUAUUUAUGACCAACUGAAUUACAUUGCAGUUGGGUAUUCAUUUUUUCCUUUAUGUUGGAAAGUUGGAAAAGGCAGGAUGGAGGCUAUAGAGCUAUUCAGUCCACAAAAUUCCCCUUUACCAGUGUCUCAAUAAAUGUUUCACUUCAUCUUCCCAUUCAAAAUAGGUAACCUGGUACCCAUCUAGAAUCCUACUAGAGAAGGCUGCGGAGUCCUGCAUUCUGUCACACCCAACAUAGUUGGCAAAACCAAGUAAGCAAGAGCAACAUGGAUUUCAGGAAUAUAUCUUUCAUGUUGUUCUGGGGUGGAUACAGAAUCCUGAAAGCUGUUAGGGUUGAGUGUCUUUGAAAACCUAUUUUCCUACAUCUCUCAUAUCUGGACAUGUUGCCUCUUCUCAGAUAAACAAAUCCUUGUUCCCUUCUUCUAUGCAAUCUCUCGCACCAACCAGUUGCAUUUGAGAGAACCACAGCCAUGAAUGGGAGGGUAACAGACCUAUUCCACUGUCACUUUUUAAGAGCUGCUGUUGCCUUUUCCAAUCUGAUGUCCUCCAGAAGUGUUAAUUACGGUUCCCCUUAUUUCCAGCAAAAUACAUAUAUUGAAGAAAGCUGUAAUGAUGGUUACAAUAAUAUAACUAUGACUUUUGGAAUUUGAGUCAUAUCCUUGAAAGACUUAUCAUCUGAGUGUCUGCCACAAUUGUAGCUUUACUAGAAGUAGGUUGAUGCAGGAGAGGGGAGAGGCACCGCGGUGCUCAAAAAUGGGAGAGGAUUUAUGUUUUUGUCAGACUAGAGUGCUACUUCAGUUUUAGUUACCUACAAGAGGUAAUCAGAUAGAGAAUUGGCACUUCCAUUUGAGAAAAGUACCUCAUUCAGUAGAUAGAAAGGAUCUCUUGCAAGUAAGGCAGGGUUUUUUGUUCCUCUUGGAAGUUCUUAUAAGACGCUCCUUCAAAUGAAGUGCCAAGGACAGUGGAUGUUUUGCCCCACUAUAGUGUUUUCAGUGGUAUAUUCGCUACAGUCCACCUUAUCUAUAGGAGAGUGGAUUUUGAUCAUGUAUACGAGCUUGCUGUUCGUAAGAUCUACUUCAGUUGGUUAUUAAAGUCUAAGUGAGAAAACAGGAUAGCAAUAGCACUUAGACUUAUAUACCAUCCCAGUGUGCUUUACAGCACUCUCUUGAGUGGUUUAUAAUGUCAGCAUAUUGCCCCCAACAAUCUGAAUCCUCAUUUUACCAACCUCAGAAGGAUGGAAGGCUCAGUCAGCCUUGAGGCUGUGGGCAGAGUUAGCUUGCAAUACUGCAUUCUAACCACUGCAUCACCAAGUUCGGGUUGAUACAAGGAGAUUUUUCCAGGGAGAAAGGUGAAGAAUGAUUCACCAGAAGGAAAAAUAGAGAAAGAUGCAAUUCCUUGCACAAUAGGAUCAUGUCCUUUCUAAGCUGCUUUCAUCUGGGAAAUGUUAACAUUAUUUUCAUUGGAAAUAUUGUACAUUUAUGAGUUUUAUUAAAUAAGGGUAGGAUUCUACACCCAUUUAUUUAGCAUUAAUAUCAUGAACUAAAUAAAACCUGCUUCUGAAUGGGCAUUCCAAAAUGGUAUUGGCACUGGUGUAUUGAUUCGACAGGUAGGAUGGGCAAGAGUUGGCAUGUCCCAAUAUUAUUUUGGGGUAUUUUGGCUAGUAGUUCUGGCCACUCCAUUUUACAAGAAAGAUUCAGUAAGGACAAGGCGCAGGAUUGUCAAGUUCCAAAUUUAAAGUGCCUUUUGUAUCUUUAUUAGGCCACCAAUUGCUAUUUCUGCUACCCACCACAUACCUAUAUUUUGUCCCUUUCCUGAUGCCUAUAGGGAAGAAGGUUCUCAUUUUGUCUUGUAUAGAACGUGAAAGAAGAUUAUAGAGAAAGCAAGUAUGAAAGCUGCCAAUGUCUCAUCCCCCCACCCUCUUCAGCUUCAUGUAUAUUCAAAAGAAAGGAGAAUCUCUGGUUUGCACGAAAUACUUAUGUGACAUAUUCCAAGAUGUGGGCAUUGACACAUCUGGAGAAUCCAGGAAUGGAAGCAACAGGCUUGAUAAGGUGUCCUCAAAUGCUUUCCUGGCAGUAGUUGUACCCAAAAUGUACAGUAGUAGCAGCAACCAACUUGCAUGGCUUUAAACGACUGAUAAUCUCUCCAUGACAUCUCACUUGUCAGAAUUUUCAGGAUCAGAAAUGUAAUUCCUUUAUAAAUACUGUUUGCUGGCUGAACAAAAUGGGAAAGAUACUGUGGUCAUAGUUUAUGUAAGGAUUUUCCAGAGGGAUUGAUUGGUCACUGAGGAAAACGGUCUUUAAUUAAACAAGGGUCUUUCAUUUGAUUCAGGAGGUUAUCUUCUUAAUGUUAAAAAAAAAAAAGGUGUACUAUAACUCAAUAGUAGUUUUGAACUUCUCACUGAAAAUCUACUGAUCUUUUGAGAUGCCAAUUGGACUGAGUAAUAGGAAGAUCAUUUGAUAAAUCAGAUGACCUCCAAUAUAGGUUUUCCCACAAAAACUAGAUACCUAGUUUGCACUUUUACACAGAACCAACUGUCUUGUUUUGGGGGACUGAACAAACUCUUAAUAUACUGGUAUCAUAAUACUUUAAGCACUUAUCUUGCCUGAAUCUAACUCCAGUGAGAUAUGUCUAUAUGUCUGCCACUGCUCCUGAUGCAUUUUAUGUUAAAUUUUCAAAGAGAAAAAUAAAACACAUUUUCCAAA